GACUGCGGACACAGUACUGGAGAUGACCAGAGACUGCGGACACAGUACAGGAGAUGACCAGAGACUGCGGACACAGUACAGGAGAUGACCAGAGACUGCGGACACAGUACAGGAGAUGACCAGAGACUGCUGGCACAGUACAGGAGAUGACCAGAGACUGUGGACACAGUACAGGAGAUGGCCAGAGACAGCGGACACAGUACAGGAGAUGACCAGAGACUGCGGACACAGUACAGGAGAUGACCAGAGACUGCGGACACAAUACAGGAGAUGACCAGAGUCUGCGGACACAGUACAGGAGAUGACCAGAGUCUGCGGACACAGUACAGGGGAUGACCAGAGACUGCAGACAGUACAGGGGAUGACCAAGAG